ACUCCACACUCUGCCAAGUAGAACCAGCACCAGUUGGGCUCUGAGGUGUCCAUCUCCUCCAUCUCAGUGGACUCCUCCUCUGACGAUCUGAUGGCUAACAUAGCUAAAUCUGAAAUUAAUAACUUUUUCUGCAUGGGAGCGCCAGUGUGUUUGUUGUGUCCACCAGGACACGCCCACUGUGAGUGGAUUUGCCACAACCUCAGUCACGGAAGGGUUUUUAUUGACGGCGCCCACUGCAAGCUCACGGACAAUGACUGAGGAAACAGCCAGAGGGGACUCAGAUGGAGGCUCGGGGCCAGACAAGGGGGCUCCUGAAGCUGGGGUGAAGCCAAGGAGAAAAUGGGCCAACAACACAGAGUUCAUGCUCUCCAUGGCCGGACACAUCAUGAGCCUGGGGAAUAUCUGGCGUUUCCCUUUUCUGUUCUACAAGAAUGGAGGAGCCGCCUUCCUCCUCCCUUACUUUGUGCUGCUCUUCUUCUGUGGCAUCCCUGUGUUCUUCCUGGAGGUUGCACUGGGCCAGUACACCAGUGAGGGCGGGGCGACCGCCUGGAGGAAGAUCUGCCCCAUGUUCCAGGGGGUGGGGAUUGCGUCCCAAGUGGUUGUAGGCUAUCUAAACAUCUACUACAUCGUGAUAUUGGCUUGGACUAUCCUCUACCUGUUUUACUCCUUUUACAGCGUGUUGCCCUGGUCCUCCUUUUACAGCGUGUUGCCCUGGUCCACAUGUGAAAACCAUUGGAACACUGAACAAUGUCACAGUCGUCUCAGCGACUACGCCAACCCUCAUUUGUUCCAGCCGGGCUCCAACUGGUCCUUCCUAAACAACAUCACCUCACCUGAUCUCGACGUUUAUAAUGUUGAUAAUUUCACUUAUGAUCAUGACUUUUUCUCAGGAAAAUCACCGGAAGAGGAGUUCUGGAAUCGGCGUGUGUUAAGAGCAUCAGAUCGCCCGUUCGUCGGUAACAUAAACUGGGACCUGGCUUUGUGUCUCCUGAUUGCCUGGGUUUUGUGUUACCUCUGCGUCUUUAAGGGAAUCAAAUACAUGGGAAAGGUAGUGUACUUCACCGCUACAUUCCCCUACCUGUUGAUGAUCAUCCUCUUCUUCCGUGGAGUGACGCUUCCUGGAGCCUGGCAGGGAAUCAGAUAUUACCUCAUGCCUGAUUUCAGUAGGAUUGCUCAACCAGAUGUCUGGUUUGAUGCAGCGUUUCACAUCUUCUUCUCUUACUCCAUGUGUAGUGGAGUACUCACCAGUCUGGGGAGCUACAACAAAUACAACAACAACUGCUACAGGGACUGCUUGUUACUUUGUGGCCUGAACACUGCUGUCGGUCUCUUCGCUGGGUUUGUUGUGUUCUCAAUGAUGGGAUUCUUGGCUUUCAACCUGGACGUAUCGAUAGGGGACGUUAUGUCUACUGGUCCCAAUCUGGCCUUUCAAGCUUUUCCAAAGGUUCUGGCGAUGCUGCCUGCCCCGUCCUUCUGGUCCGUGCUCUUCUUCCUCAUGAUCCUCUUCAUGGGCCUGCACUCUCAGUUUGUGGCUGUGGAGAGCCUGGCCACCGUCAUCACUGACCUGUUCCCACGUCUGCUGAGGAAGCGCAGAGAGGUGCUGGUCGCGGUCAUCGCUACAGUCUGCUUUCUACUCGGGCUGCCGCUCAUCACUGAGGGAGGGAUAUACCUCUUCACGCUGAUUGACAACUACGGUCCUUGUGAAGUCACUAUCCUCUUUAUUGCCGGUUUUGAGGUUGUUGUCAUUGCCUGGGUGUAUGGUGUGGACCGAUUCUGCGACAACAUUGAGGACAUGAUCGGGUAUCGACCAUUCCCCGUGAUGAAGUAUUGCUGGUUGUUCUUCACGCCGUUCAUCUGUUGGGUCACAAUACUGUAUGGAGUUAACAAACAACAUUAUUUGUUGUUUGCUGGAUAUUAUGGUGGUACUGGUCCUCUAGCCUUGGUGAUGCUAAUUAUGAUGACUCCACUAUUUUGCAUCCCGCUAUUCAUUUUCUUCACACAGUGUAAGACUCCCGAAAAAAUGACAAUAUCAUCCAGUGAUCUGCGUCAGGCUCGACCAAAUAAGCCGCUUAUCACUCUGUGUGGAAGAGUCAUCCGCAAGGCACGGGUGAGGCCAAACAGGCACGUGGAGGAAAACGAGAAGGUGCUGAUGGAGGAUCGCGGCGUGGUUUGAUCACACAGACCUGCAGCAGAUGAUGAUGAUGAUGCAUGGGUCAGCUUCAUCAUUGAAUCGUACAAAUCUGUGGAAAGAAAAACACAGCUUUUUAAUAACUUUUAUAAGUGUUUACACAAUCCACGAUAUUCAGGUAUGGGUUUUUUUAUGCAAUGCUUCUUCUUCUUGUCGGAACACAAGUCUUUAAUAAGACAAAAUAACAUUAAUCUUAUUUUCAUUAACCAACUUUAGUACGUAUCAUCAUUACUAAAUAUUCGUGUAUUUUCAGUAUUCUUCCACUUUACAGACAUUUUAUUUUCAUAAUCCCACUGUUGCUUUUCAUGAAAAGGAAAACCCACAAAAUUGUAUUAAUUUUUGGAAAAACAUUUUUUUUUUACAUUACCAGCAACAUUGAUUGUGAUUUGAAUAAAAAAAUAAAAAAAAUAAAAAAUA